UUACAGAAGCUCUGUGAAAGCAAUGCCCAAAAGGGACUGCUCCUAUCGUUCGGGUUGUGAGGAUUUGUCAAAUCCCCCAAACGCCUUGCUAUGCCAACCUUGAAUAUACUGGGUCAGAACCUCCCAGUCAUAUUGAAUCGGGAGGAGAUACAGAAGUCAACUGCAAUGUUACGCCUAGUUCCUCUGUUUGCCGCAGAUUUUUGGGGUUUUCCAGACAAGACAAAUUUAAUCCUUAUUAUCAGCUUUCGAAAGAUUACAAGCAAUGGAUUUUGGGUUAGAUAUUUACUACGAACGUGGGGAGUGAGUCAUGUGCAGCUUCGAUGUCGCCCAUUGUUGCGAACGACAUUGACAUUCUCCAAACCUCAACCAACCUCAACCUCAACCUCAACCUCCCAACCUCCCAUAUUUCCUUCUUAGCUCUGACGCAUCUAGAUCGCCGAAUCCUGCAUUUCCCCGCUCACUGACAACGUGCCCUCACCCUAGCGAUGUCACCGCUAAAGACUCCCGCGAACAAAGAUCCGGAGAGAGAAAGGGACUUCCGUUUCCGAACCAACGGCACGGCUUGCGAAUGGGGCGAGUCAUACCACCCCGGCGGCUUCCACCCGGUUCACUUACAGGAUAUCUUCAACAAUCGGUAUCGUGUAAUUCGAAAGCUUGGCUAUGGCUCCUUCUCUACAGCUUGGCUUGCGAUUGACUUACGUUCUUCUCGCUACGUGGCACUAAAGAUUGCUACCGCAAAUUCCCAAGAAGCUUUUCUUGACUCUUUCGACCACCACGGGCCGAACGGGACACAUUUGUGUCUUGUCUUUGAAGUCAUGGGGCCAACUCCUAAUUCCGUGAUGCGCUUGUCUCCGGAGUGCCAAAUAGGUGAGCCCUGGGAACGACGAUUGCCGAAACAAUGGGCAAAACGUAUUCUGCAAGAUAUCCUCUUGGGAUUACACUUUUUAGACGCCAAUGGCAUUGUUCAUGGCGAUUUGCAUCUAGGCAAUAUCCUCUUCACCAUCACACUCUCGGAUAUUGAAUCCGAUCUGCCUAAAACUCUUCAACAACGUCCUAAUCAAGCUGUCCCUCUACGACGGCUGGACGGCAAAAUCGAUCCUUGGGCUCCGAAGUAUCUUCUGGAACCAAAUUCGCUUUACGACUAUAUAUCGUUUGAACUAGAUCCUCUCGUGAAAAUUAUUGAUCUGGGGUCGGCCUUCCUAGAAGAUAGUCCUCCUCGUACCACUGUGACCCCGGCAGCACUACGAGCUCCCGAGGUAAUUCAAAAUGGCCGGCUUGGACGCGGCCUCGAUAUAUGGAGCUUUGGGUGUCUUGUUUUCGAGCUCAUUAUCGGGUAUCCGCUGUUCAAUAUUGAGAGAUUGGAAGGAAAUCGGUUUGACGAAACGACUAACGACGAGCAUCUUAUACAAGUCACCGAGAUGCUUCAGCCUCUACCCGAUGCACUACUCAACAAAUGGCGUAGGGCAAGCAGCUACUAUGGGCCGAAUGGGGAGCGACUGGAUAUCCAAGAUGAAGUGUACAACUCGGAUGGAGGGUCAAACGGAGAGCGACUAAAACAUCCAAGACGAUCGAUCCGACGUGGGUGGAGCUCCACAGAGCAAAUCCCAGCCUCUUCGCAGUGUUAUGAUUCACUUGAAGAGCGGUUUAGGGCCGUAAAGCCUGCCGACAUUGGUGAGAGAGAAGAGGAGGAGAUUAGACGCGCUUCGGCGGCCGAGCUUCUUCAGCAAGCGUGGUUCAAUGAAUGA